CAACCUGCCAACAAAAACAUAAUAACAACCAGUCCACGGUUGCACUUUGACGAAGUCAGUCGUUUGGUGUUUCUUGCCGCACAAAUUUUCUAUAAGUGUUUCAAAGUUUUCAUUUGUUGAUCAAAAUGCCCAUCGAUUUGUAUUAUCUUCCUGGAAGUGCCCCAUGCAGAGCCGUUCUUUUGGCGGCUAAGGCCGUUGGCGUGGAGCUUAAUUUAAAGCUCACAGAUCUCAUGAAAGGCGAACAUCUUACGCCUGAAUUUAUUAAGAUUAAUCCCCAACAUACGAUUCCAACCAUGGUCGACAAUGGGUUUGCCCUUUGGGAAAGUCGCGCCAUAAUGACAUACCUGGCCGACCAGUAUGGCAAAAACGACUCGCUGUACCCAAAAGACCCCAAAAAACGCGCUCUGGUGGAUCAGAGAUUGUACUUCGAUAUUGGGACUUUAUAUGCUAGAUUUGCGGACUAUUAUUACCCGGUGAUUUUUGGGGGUGCAGAAUACGAGCCCGCCAAAAUGGAAAAAAUCAAAGAUGCUUUCAAGUUCCUGGAGAUAUUUCUCGAAGGUCAAGACUUCGCUGCGGGAAAUCAACUCACUUUGGCCGAUUUGUCGCUUCUUGCAACAGUUACAACAUUCGAAGCCGUGAAUUUUGACCUUUCACCGUAUAAAAAUGUGGUCAAUUGGUUGGCAAGAGCCAAAGCUGCAGCCCCUGGAUACGAGGAAGCGAAUGGGAAAGGGGCUGUGAUCUUCAAACAGAUGGUGGAAAACUUAACGAAAAAAUAAAAACGCACCUGUAUUUUACUGUAAUGUAAAAAAUAAAAUGCAUUAAGUAUUAUUAUAACAA